AUGAAGUCCCUGCGGUUCAUUGCUGCUGAAGGCUUCGUACAGACAGGCCCGAGCGCUGUGGAAAACCUCUGCUGUGUGUCCUUUGACCUCUACCCGCUUCUCUUCAAAGCCUGUUACCUCCGAGAGGAGGCCCACCUGCUACAUGCCUUGGUCCAGGCGUGGCCCCUACCUGAACUCAAACUGCAAAGGCUUCUGGGAAGGACCACCGACUGCCAGUUGGAUCUCACCUCGCGCACCUGCCGACUUUGUCUGAAGGCAAUCCUGACCGGCUUAAAGGACCAUGUGCUGUCUCCACCCACCACCUACGCCAAGACCCUCCACACAGUAGACAUAACUGCCCUGAAGGACACUGAACACCAGACCUGCCCUUGCCAAUCGACCCUCGGCCGAUGGGCCAGAACCCAUCUGCUGACCCAAAUGUGCUACGAGACCAUGGUGGCCAUGCAAGCCAGCGAUGUGUCCCCGUCCACCUUCGACACGUCCGUCGACAUCUACAUGAAUGGUUUCGUUACUGGCCGCAGCUAUGAGAUGGUGGCCCAGGCGCUUCUCCUGCGCUACCACUGCCCGCUGAAGCUCCGUUUUGUUGGCUUCCGGGCAGACAGUCUGGCUCUGAAACAGCUGCUCUACGUUCUCCGAUUAGCAGAGCCGGAGUCCAUUGAGAAGCUCGAGAUUGUCCACAAUGUUCCCCUGAAGGCCCCUCAUGUGGAGGUGCUGCUGUCCAGGGUGGAGUUCCCCAGACUGCAGUCCCUGACUCUGCCUGCAGGGGUGUUUGAUGUCCGCAUGCUUGGCCCGGACGAUGACGGCCUGCUGGGAACCAUCGGAGAGCAGCUCAGCCGAAUGAAGAACCUGACUGGGCUGUACAUGGGUUUCUCCACCCUUACCGGACACCUGCGUAAACUGCUGAGUCCACUCAACACUCCGCUGCAGAGCCUGGAGGUGGCCAAUUGCAAACUGAGCCGUGUGGACAUGGCCUACCUGGCCAACGGCCUCCACAGCGAGGCCUUGGAGCUGCUGGACAUCAGCGGGCACGACGUCUUCAGCUCUUUCCCCAUCACCUUCCUCAAGCUGCUGAACCACUCCUCAGCAAUACUGUCCAGCCUGACCCUGGAAGAGUGUGGCAUUGAGGAUGAGCACAUGGAUGCCUUGGCUCAGGCUCUGGCUCCCUGUCAGGCCCUGCAGGAGCUGAAGCUCCUGGGAAACCCGCUGAGCUCCGUGGCUCUGCGGCGGCUCUUUGCCAUGCUGUCUGUGAGCUUUCCCAAGUUGAGGUAUGUGGAGAUGCCGGUACCCCGUGACUGCUACUCCAACGACGUAACCUACCCAAUCGAUGACUCCGACUUGCUGCGGUAUGACUUGGAGCUGUUCCAAGAGGUCAGAGAUCAAGUGAUGGUAAUCCUUGCAGGGGCCGGGAGGGGCGGUAUGGAGGUGUGUACCCCGCUGAUGGGGGCCUACGACCCAGACAUUCAUGAAACCAGUAAUGAGCUAGGGGUGUCGAUGCUUAAAUCCUUCAACACCGUCAUCGGGAAUUUUAUUGAAACCAUAAAUGACGUGGACGAGAGGAGAUCUCAAUUUGAGAACAAGUAA